ACAUGACAUGCUACGUGAUUAAAUGUUAUAUUGUUGGUUCCCCCAUUUAUUAUUAUUCACCAUUUCGGCCUUCAAUUCUCUCACCCAUUUUUUCUGAAUCCUACUCAUGUUCUCUCCCUUGAAUUAUUUUCACUCCUGUACCCAUUACCCAUUGAUGGGUCUUUGGAUUUUUGGGUUUUUGCAGUCUGCAUUUUGCUUUCAGACUGAUCAUGUCAUGAGAGCUUGAGGUUCUUGCUGGGACUCGGUUUUGAGCAGUCCGAGAUGUUGAAUCAGGAAAAAAAAAAAAAAAAUUCAUUCUUUUUUGUUUGUUUAAUAAUGGCUGCUGCAGAUUGAGAAUAUAGAAAAGAGAAAAAGAAAGGCAUUUCUGGAGUUUGUGCAGUGUUUGGAGGGAGCACUCACGUGACGGUUGGGGCUGUGUGUCCGUGAGUUUUUUUGCCAAGCACGAAGUUGGAGAAACGAUGGUGGAGUCAGAGCUUCAGAGCUCUCCAAUGGAGUGAGGUUUGGGUGCCUUUUUCUUCCUAGGGUUUUCAAUUCUGUGGAAGUGGGUAGAUGGAGCUCUGCUUUCACUGUGAUUGUCUCGGCUCGUUUGAAGCUGUCGAGUCAAUGAGUCAAAGAAACAAAAGGCACUGAUCGUGACUGAAUUUUGGCGCCUUUUUUUUCCUCCCUCUGCUCAGUAAAAUGGUAGAUCUGAAGGAUUGGAUACGGCAGUCACUGAAUAGUGAGAGCAAAGGAAAUUUCUUGUGUCGAUUUCAACAUUAUAAGCUUUUGAUUUGAUACGAGUUUUUGAUUUCAUGGCAAGGUACUCGUUUUUGUUGUUUUUGUUCUCUUUGAUGCACCUUCAACCUCUGGUGAGAUCAGGCGAUGGUGAAACGCUUCUAGCCCUAAAAUCGUGGAUCGAUCCUUCGAACUCGCUGCAAUGGAGAGGAAGCGACUUCUGCAAAUGGCAAGGAGUGAAGGAAUGUAUGAGAGGCAGAGUCACCAAGCUUGUUCUCGAGCAUUUGAACUUGAAUGGAACUUUGGAUGAGAAGAGCCUGGCACAGUUGGAUCAGCUUCGAGUGCUCAGCUUCAAAGAGAACUCUCUUUCCGGCCAAAUCCCCGACCUCUCCGGCCUAAUCAACCUAAAAUCCCUCUUCCUCAACAAUAACAACUUCUCCGGCGACUUCCCUAGCUCCCUCUCCGGCCUGCACCGCCUCAAAGUGAUCGUCCUCGCAGGAAACCAAAUAUCCGGCCAGAUUCCAGCGAGUCUACUCAAGCUGCUGCGACUGUACAUUCUGUACUUGCAAGACAACCGCUUUACCGGAGAAAUCCCUCCCCUCAACCAAACUAGCCUCCGGUUCUUCAAUGUGUCUAACAACCAACUCUCCGGCGAGAUUCCCCUGACUCCCGCUCUGGUUCGAUUCAAUCAAUCAUCAUUCUCCAAUAACCUAGAACUAUGCGGCGAACAAGUUAAUAGUCCAUGCCCCCGCUCGCCUGCAAUCAGUCCGGAGUCUCCAACAGUGCCAACCCCAAGCUCAUCCUCCAAACAUUCGAACCGCACAAAACGCAUAAAGAUAAUCGCAGGAAGUGUCGGUGGAGGUGUGCUUCUAAUCUGUUUGAUUCUGCUCUGCGUGAGUUAUAGGAGGAUGAGGAAGAAGACGGUGGAGGAGAGGAGCAAAGGAAAGGCCGUCGGCGGCGUCGGAUCGCCGGAAGCAGCGAACGGCGGUGGCGGCGGAGGAGGCGGGAACAAUGAGAGAAAGCAAGGGGGGUUUUCGUGGGAAGGAGAGGGACUAGGGAGUCUGGUAUUCUGCGGGCCAGGGGAUCAGCAGAUGAGUUACAGUUUGGAGGAUUUGUUGAAGGCGUCGGCGGAGACGCUGGGGAGGGGGACGAUGGGAAGCACGUACAAGGCGGUGAUGGAGUCUGGGUUUAUAGUGACCGUGAAGAGGCUCAAGGACGCCAGAUACCCCCGGCUGGAGGAGUUCAGGGCACAGAUGGAGCUUCUAGGGAGGCUGAGGCACCCCAAUUUGGUGCCUCUCCGUGCCUACUUCCAGGCCAAGGAGGAACGCCUCCUCGUAUACGAUUACUUCCCCAACGGCAGUCUCUUCUCCCUCAUUCAUGGAUCAAGAACUUCAGGUGGUGGAAAGCCUCUUCACUGGACAUCCUGCCUAAAAAUUGGAGAGGACUUGGCUACUGGGUUGCUCUAUAUCCACCAGAACCAUGGCCUAACCCAUGGGAACUUGAAAUCAUCCAAUGUCCUGUUAGGAUCUGACUUUGAGUCAUGCCUCACAGAUUAUGGUCUCACCACAUUCAGAGACCCAGACACUGUAGAAGAGUCCAGUGCUUCUUCCCUUUUCUAUAGAGCACCUGAAUGUCGAGAUAUCAGAAAGCCGUCCACCCAACAGGCUGAUGUCUACAGCUUUGGUGUAAUCCUAUUGGAGCUCCUAACAGGUAAAACUCCCUUCCAAGACCUUGUUCAAGAACAUGGUUCAGACAUUCCUAGAUGGGUCCGUUCAGUUCGUGAAGAAGAGACUGAAUCUGGAGAUGACCCAGCCUCUGGCAAUGAGACCUCUGAGGAGAAACUUGGAGCUCUCUUGAACAUUGCAAUGGCUUGUGUCUCACUAUCACCCGAGAACCGGCCAGUGAUGAGGGAGGUUUUAAGGAUGAUUAAGGAAACAAGGGCAGAGGCUCAAGUGUCAUCAAACAGCAGUGACCACUCACCAGGGAGAUGGUCUGAUACAGUUCAGAGCUUGCCCAGGGAAGAACAUUUGAGCAUAUGAGUGGUUGGUAGAUUUGGCGGCUGAAGCAUCGUGUACUCUGAUUUUUUGAGUCAGAUUUUUAUUCAUCAACUAGGCUUGUAGAGUGUACUGGUGUAAAGGGUUUUAAUAUUUAUUCUUGUGUUGUUUCGGACAGUUUGCAGUCACAGAAGGUUGGAUUACUUUGUGUGAAGUUAAUAAUUUGGGGAAGGGGAAGGGGAAGGGGCUUUGAUUUCCUGGGGUUGGUGGUGGUUCUUUUUCAACUAUGAGAGCAAAGUCAUUUUUUAUCUCUUUUUGGAAACAUCUCAUUCACAGUCUACAAUUCAAGCGUGAUAUGGGAGUUUACAACUCUAUUGUUUUGAACUUCGCUAUAGCAUACAGAACUGCAGACACUCUAGGAACCAGGAUGCAGAAAUUUGAUUGAGAAUGGGAGAAGAGAGUGUAAUCAGGUAAAACAUGGAGAUACAUGCAGGAGGCUUAAGGCUUAAGAGAAAGACACCUAUUCACUUGUUAUUGCUACUAUUCCUCUUGCUACUGGAACAGUAGAGUAAGGACAUCUAUCAUCUCCUACUCAUCUCAUAAUGGAAGGACUCCGGUCAUGCGUUGGAAUGAAGAAAAGAAGCACCGAAAUAUGCUAAGGUGAGUGAUGAGACUUCACCAACCUUCUUUUCCACCUCGCAUGCUCUCUUCUCAUUCAACAUGAGGGUGCUUACAUACUCCAUUCAAGAAUUUGUUGGUAGGUAUUUGUUACAUGUUGUCAGUGAAUGAAAUGGGAUUGACUAGUUUAAGUCAGGUAAUUUUGUUGCAAACAUUUUUGGAUUCAUUACACGUAAUUCUUUUGCUAUUGAAAACUUGAGAUUCGCCAA